AUGACAAAGCUUCUGAAAUUCCAAGUUCCGUCAAAUCAUCAACUCAAGAAGGUGGAGUAUGUACCGAUUACGAAGAAAUACGACAUUCCUAGGCCAGAGCCACAAGACUCCGAUGAUGAUGAUGACACCCCAAGCGAACGCCAUGGUAAAGGGCCGCAUGGACGUUUUCGAGGUCCAGUAAUCAUUGGUGCUAUUCAACCAAAUAGCUACCAGCUACUCCGAAAAGGAUACUAUUAUCAACACUAUCCCUAUCAUAUGUUACCAAGGCAGUAUCUACUGAGACCUCGUUAUGCUUACGCUUAUCCACCACAAUACCAGAAUGCAGUCUACACUUAUCAUCAUCGCUUGCCUUACAAGGAUCUAUUCAACAUUUACCGUAGCGAUCCCACUUUCAACCCCUAUGCUGCUGCAUACGGAGGAGGAUGUGGAGGAGGAUCAUCCUCAGGCUCCUCAGGCUAUUGCGGUGCCGGAGGUGCCGGAGGUGGCGGAGGUUACGGAGGUGGCGCUGGUGGAUGUGGUGGUGCUGGAUGCGAUGGUGGCUAUGGUGGCAACGGCUGCGGUGGUGAGGGUGGCGAAGGGUAUGGAGAAGAAGAUGGUUCCUAUGAAGAGGAAAGCGGAGGAGGAAGAUCAGGUUUGUAAUU